GUAUUUUAAUUUCACUGAAGAGAUUACAUGAAUCAGGCUGACAUGACGGGGGUGGCCUCUCCAGAGAAGGCUGCAAGCACCAAGAAGAAGAGCGAGAGGAAGAGUGCCAUCAAGGAGGAGUACAGACAGCUGUCUAGCAUCAUGGAAGUCAUCAACAACCUGAGGAAACAGGGUACACUCUGUGAUGUGACCCUGGUGGUUCAGGGGAAACGCUUUCCUGCCCACAGAGUAGUGUUGGCUGCUGCCAGCCACUUCUUUAGUCUCAUGUUCACCACCAGAAUGAUGGAGUCGAUGUCCCACGAGGUGGAGCUCAAGAGUGCCGAGCCCGAGAUCAUUGAAAUGUUGAUUGAAUUUAUCUACACGGCUCGGAUCUCUGUGAAUAGCAGUAACGUCCAGUCGUUGCUUGAUGCAGCCAACCAGUACCAGAUUGAGCCUGUGAAGAAGAUGUGUGUGGAGUUCCUCAAAGCACAAAUUGAUGCAACAAACUGCCUUGGUAUUUCCUCCCUGGCAGACUGUAUGGACUGUCCCGAGCUGAAGGCAGCAGCAGAGGACUUCUUCGAGCUCCACUUCACUGAAGUCUACAAACUGGACGAGUUCCUGCAACUGAAUGUUACACAGCUCACACACCUACUGCACCAUGACAAACUCACAGUCCGUGCUGAGGCCCAGAUCUAUGACGCAGCAAUGCGCUGGCUUAAGUACGAUGUGUGUAACAGACAGCAGUACAUGGUGGAGGUGUUUGGGUGCGUUCGCUUUCCUUUGGUGUCCAAAACCUUCCUCUCCAAGACGGUGCAGGGUGAGCCCCUCAUCCAGGACAACCCACAGUGCCUCAAGAUGGUCAUCAGUGGGAUGCGCUACCACCUGCUGUCCAUGGAGGAUCGGGAGGAUCUGGGAGAGAGCAGCCGGCCGCGACGCAAGAAGCACGACUACCGCAUCGCUCUGUUUGGAGGCUCCCAGCCUCAGUCCUGCCGCUACUUCAACCCCAAGGAUUCCGCCUGGACAGACAUCCGCUGCCCCUUCGAGAAGCGCCGGGACGCUUCAGCUAUCUUCUGGGAUAAUGUUGUCUACAUCCUGGGUGGCUCACAGCUCUUCCCCAUCAAGCGUAUGGACUGCUACAACGUCCUGAAGGACAGCUGGUACUCCAAGCUGGGUCCGCCCACACCUCGCGACAGCCUGGCCGCCUGCGCUUCCCAGGGCAAGAUCUACACAUCUGGGGGGUCGGAAGUGGGCAGCUCUGCCCUCGACCUUUUCGAAUGCUACGACACAAGAACAGAGUCUUGGCAGGUGAAAACCAGCAUGCUGACGGCUCGCUGCAGCCACGGCUCAGUGGAGGCCGACGGGCUCAUAUACGUCUGUGGAGGCACGGUGGGCAACAACAUGUCUGGCAGGGUCCUCAACAACUGCGAGGUUUACGACCCCAGCACUCAAAAAUGGAAGGAGUUGUGUGGAAUGAAAGAGGCCAGGAAGAACCAUGGGCUGGUGGUGGUCAACAGCAGGAUCUAUGCUGUUGGAGGGCAGGGGGCACUGGGUGGCCUGGACUCUGUGGAGUACUACAACAUUGCCAGCAAUGAGUGGCAUGCCGCUUCAGCCAUGUCAUGGCGAGGUGUAACAGUGAAGUGUGCAGCAGUCGGUGAGGUCAUCUAUGUGCUGGCAGGGUUUCAAGGUGUGGGCCGGCUCGGACAAGUCCUGGAGUACCACAUUGAUACAGACAAGUGGGUGACUUGCAGCAAGGUGCGAGCGUUUCCCGUCACCAGCUGCCUGAUCUGCGUGGUCGACACGUGUGGAGUCAACGAAGACGAAGACAUGGACCUCAUAGACUCUCAGUCAAAUGCCGCAGCUGCUGCCUCUGCCUCUUCGUCUGCCUCAACCUCGUCGUCUGCCUCAACCUCGUCGUCUGCCUCAACCUCAUCAUCCUCAUAGGACAAGAAGAAGAUUCCGUAUAUGUUAAGUUGUGACGUUUGAUGACACUUCAGGCCUCCAGUUGACAGUGGCGCUGAUUUUCAUAAAGCAAGCCUGCCAGCUCCUUCUAUCUGUGCAUUCAGACAGAAUAGAGAUGAACUGCAUUUAUAAAUAGUUGAAUACUGGUUGUGUUGUGAGUUAGCCAUAUGUACAAGUACAAACUAGCUGAAAAAAAAAAAUCAUGUCAAGUUUGGUUUGUAUUUUUUAUUAUAGAAAGAUGAGUAAACUCAGCUGCCAUACAAGUUUCUGAAAACAGAGAUGAUAAAAAUGUAUUUUUAAUUAAUAAUUUCUUAUUUACUUUGUAAUUGUUUUAAUGUAACUGAAUAAAACGGUAAGGUUGAA